AAUUUUGUCAAAAAUAAUUAAUAAUUUAAAAUAAGAAAUAAAGGAAGAAGAAAUGCUGAGGUUUUGGGGUUAGAAGUUAGAAGUGGCGCAAAAUGAAGGAAGAGGAACUAUGCGCGGCGGCGAUUAAGGGUGAAACGGAGAAGGUAACGGCUCUCAUUGAGUCCGGCGCCGACGUUACCUAUUUCGACGGCGAUGGUCUCACUCCUCUUAUGCACGCUGCAAAUCACGGCCAUGCACCCAUCCUCAACAUCCUUCUCUCCGCCGGCGCUCCUUGGAACGCACUUUCUCCUUCCAACUUAUCCGCCGGUGAUUUCGCAAUGCAAGAAGGUCACCAAGAAGCCUACGAGCUUCUCCUCAAUGCCGGGAUUCGUUCUGAAUUAGUGUUGGGAACAAUUGCUAGGAAGGAAAAGAAAAACACUGAUUCUGGAUAUGAUUAUUUGGAAGAUAGGGUAAGUUUUAGUGAAGAUAAAGUUAUGGACUCUGAAAGUAAAGCUGUGAUGAUGGCAUGGGAGAAGCCGUUGAUGGAGGCUCAUGCUAAAGCUGUUUGUUUAGGAGGUGGUCAUGUACUCAAUAUUGGAUUUGGAAUGGGCCUUGUUGAUACAGCUAUACAGCAAUAUUCACCGGUGAAACACACCAUUGUUGAGGCUCAUCCAGAGGUUUAUGAACGCAUGCUUCGCGAUGGUUGGGGUCAGAAGGAAAAUGUGAAGAUUAUUUUUGGCCGCUGGCAAGAUGUUCUGUCUCAGCUUGAAACAUAUGAUGGGAUAUUCUUUGACACCUAUGGGGAGUACUAUGAAGAUUUGAGAGAGUUCCACCAACAUCUCCCAGUAUUGUUGAAACCAGAUGGAGUUUACUCUUUCUUCAAUGGCCUAUGUGGUGGUAAUGCAUUUUUCCAUGUCGUUUACUGCCAUUUGGUAUCUCUUGAGCUUGAGAAUUUGGGGUAUUCCACACAAUUAAUUCCUUUGCCUGUUAAGGAUUGCUUGGGGGAACAAGUUUGGGAAGGUGUUAAACACAGAUACUGGCAGCUUGAUACAUACUAUCUCCCUGUUUGUCAGUCUGCUGAGGACUCUGAGUGAUGUUUAGUUUUGAAUGUAGGGUCUGAUUUUGAUCACAUAUUCAGAAAGAAUCAAUGACGUUUAGUUUUUAAUGUAGGGUAUGAUUUUGAUCACAUUUUCAGAAAGAUACUUGCACAUGAAUUAUUGUUGCUUGUGUAAGGUAUUGUCUUGUAAGAGAACAAACAUUGUCAUAUUUAAAUCUUUAGCUUUA